AUGUCAGUGUUGAAUCAGAGCGGAGAAGAGCAGGUGGAAUGUCCCCUGUGUAUGGAACCUCUGGAGGUGGACGAUCUCCACUUCUACCCGUGCACAUGUGGAUACCAAAUAUGCCGGUUUUGCUGGAACCGUAUACGGGAAGGCGAGAACGGCUUAUGUCCCGCCUGUCGGAAAGCCUAUCCGGAGAACCCCGCAGACUUCACACCACUCAGUCAAGAACAGGUGGCGGCGAUAAAGACGGAGAAGAAAGCGCGGGAGCAGAAGAGGCGGAACAAGACGCUGGAGUCGAGGCGGGCUUUGGCGAACGUUCGCGUCGUGCAAAACAAUCUGGUGUUCGUCGUUGGGCUACCCGUGCGGCUCGCCGAUCCAGAGAUCCUCAAGCGGCAAGAAUACUUUGGCAAAUAUGGGAAAAUUCACAAAGUAGUCAUAAACCAAAGUACCGCAUAUGCAGGGUCACAGGGCCCUUCGGCGUCGGCGUACGUGACGUACGUGUCGCCGGCGGACGCGCUGCGCGCCAUCCAGGGCGUGAACAACGUGACGCUGGACGGGCGCGUGCUCAAGGGCUCCCUGGGCACCACCAAGUACUGCGCCAACUUCAUGAAGAACCAGCCCUGUCCCAAGCCCGACUGCAUGUACCUGCACGAGUUAGGUGAUCCGAAGGCGUCGUUCACGAAGGAGGAGAUGCACGCAGGUCUACACCAAGUGUACGAGCGGCGGUUGCACAAUCAACUACUUCAAGCGCAGCGAGACAAGCCCGACGACAAGAACUGCCAGAGCUCAGGUAAUUCUAGUAUGAAUGGGGAAAAAAGCAGUUCAAAAGAUGGUAAUCAAUCAAACCCUAUACCGACAACAGUGAUCACAUCAUCAAAUGUUAACAUAGUCACUACAUCUAAAUCGAAAAAGGAAACGGCGAACGGCAAAGAGAACGGCGUGGGCAGCAACGGCAACAGCAAAGAAGCGUGGCCAAGUCUCGGUUCAUCACCACCAUCGGAGAGCCCAGCAAGAAAACAGCCCAGUCCAAAACCGCAACAGUCCACAGUAAAGUCACAAGAAAACGGCACAUCAGAAUCUUCCAGUCCCACACAGCAACAAACACAACAGUCUCAAACAAAACACAAAGAAAACCACACGGAAAGUAAACCAAGUAGAAAUAACAAAGACAGCAACACAAAUGGCCAAAAACCCGAGACAGUUGAAAGCGCGCCCGUAUUCACAAGUACAGAGAAUCACACAAGUUCAGCAUUCGAAAGUGAUACACAACAAAGUUACCUGUCAAACGAACUGGACGAAUUGGAAUCGGACAGGCACAGUCUGUUGGAGAACCACGAUCUGUUAGAUAACAGCGAUCACAGUUUAUUAGACGACGAUAGCGCACACAACCUGUUAAACGAUGCCAACAGUGAAGUGUUGAUGAUGCAGAGGCAUAGGGAAAUGCUCGCAGGCUUGGUUGACAACAACCACCUACUCGCGCACAACAUGAAGUCACCUUUAACAAACGGUUACGGAUUGUUAGACAGGGACUCAGUGAAUUAUCUAGGUAGUGAUAGACAGAUUAGCCAAAUUAGCCAAGGUCUGAUGGACCAGAAGGAAUUGAUGAUGCGCGAACAGCGCAGCCGUAGUGAAAUGUUGAUGAGACAGAACGAAAUGUUGGCGAGACAACACAACGCUAUAGUCGAGCCCAAACACUAUAUGCCGUCGUCCAGUAUAGGCCUCGAGUCUGCUAGUGAAUUAUUAGGUGCUAAUUUUCAUCAAAAUCCCAAUGUGCUUCCACCGUUUGGUAUGCGCGUAGACAAUUCCAUGGUGACAAACUCGUUGAGCGGUAGUGGCAACUCAGUAUCGACUAACUCACUAUCGGCAAAUUCCAUGAGCACAAUGGGUGCUGGAUACAUGCUCCACAACCAGCAGUUACUUCAACAGAACCAGCAACAUAUACAACAGAGUGGUCUUGUUAACGGAUUCGAUGGGGCCCAGUCUGCGAGCGAAGGCCGCUACUUGGCUGAGAACAUGGACAAGUUCUUCACGGACUUCCACAAGGCCCAGCAGAUGCGGCAGUUGUUGGCGCGCAGCGUGGAGGAGCGCAGAUUCGCUCACGAGCAGCAGCAACAACAACAGCAGCACCAACAACAACAGCAGAACCAACAACAACAACAGCAACAACAUCAACAACAGCAGCAGCAUCAACAGCAGCACCAGCACUCGCCCCACUAUCCGCACAACAUGCUCAGCGCGGAACGCCUCGAGAUGGAGCAUAAGCAAAGAUUGAACAACAUGCGGGGCAACGAGAACAGCGGUGGCCGAGCGGCGGGUGACGGCGAUGACGACCUCGACUUUGAUCCGUUCAAAGAGACGCAGAAGGCGCUCGCAGAAAUGAUGGAGACCGAAAUGAUGCUCAACACCAUCUCUAGCGGAGAUAACAUGGAACGUGUUCGUCGCGCAAGAUUGGCCCCUCCUGGUUUCAGCCACAUGAAUGCUUUUGGAAUUGGAGUGCCUCGCCACCAAGCACAUCAAGGGUACAAUUCAAACAGUGCCAUGUUCUCUGACUGGACGCAAAUGGACCCAGCCAUAAUGUCCACAUCGGUGAGCUUCGGCAACAAACAACCGCCACAGGCCGGCCUCACGCCCCAGCAACAGGAACUAUUUGCCAGGUUCAAUCAGCUCAGUGUACAGUCUAAUGGGAUCUCUAAACAUCAGGUACCACUAGUACAGCAGCAAUGGGCCGCUCCUAAACUGUGGGGUGGCGCGCCAUACAACAGUAUCCCACUACCCCCGGGCUUCGCCCCAGCCAAAACGUCGCAGCACCCCGCCGAGUGCAUCGACGCAAAG